AUGGCGAGUUGCAAACCUGUGCUGACGUUCGUGACUGGCAACAGCAACAAGCUCAAGGAGGUUGUAGCCAUCCUGGGCACUGACUUUCCGUUCGAGCUGCGCAAUCAGGCCGUGGAUCUGCCCGAGCUGCAAGGCGAACCAGCUGACAUUGCCAGGGAGAAGUGCCGCCUCGCGACCAAACAGGUGCAGGGCGCGGUGUUGGUAGAGGACACGUCGCUUUGUUUCAAUGCGCUCGGGGGCCUGCCCGGGCCUUACAUCAAGUGGUUCCUCGAGAAGACAGGUCACGACGGGCUGAACAACAUGCUCAUUGCGUACGAGGACAAGUCUGCGUACGCCCAGUGCAUCUUUGCCUACGCGUCGGCAGGCGCCGAGCCGCAAGUGUUUAUUGGUCAGACCCAUGGCACAAUUGUGCCUGCUCGCGGUCCGACCACGUUUGGAUGGGACCCAGUGUUCCAGCCUGACGGAUUCGACAAGACGUACGCUGAAAUGGACAAGCACACGAAGAACCAGAUCUCGCACCGCUACAAGGCGCUCGAAGCAUUUCGAGCUCACGUCAUUGAGCCAACUCCUGAUGACAAGUGA